AUGGUGGGAUUUGCGACAAGGCCCUCCCGGACUGGGAUGAGAGGAUUGACCACCUCGCCAACCACUUUUGCAAAGGACGUUUCAAUGAAGGAUUGGAAGGGAGAUCAUGGUCUUCCUAUCUCCGUUCAAGCAGAAGCGAAGAAUGCAUUCCCGCCAUGGCUGAUUGGGUCUACCUAUGCGCAGCUACCAGCAAGAAGAGUAUAUGCCGGUGAAGAAGUUGAAACGUUCAAUCUCGAAAUAUCAGAGCCCUCCCCGUCCAAUGAGAACAUGUUACAGGCUGGAAGUUUCUUGGACAUUUUUACUCGCCACCUAAGUCAUUAUGCACAAGAGCAAAUGCGCAAUGGCGUGAUCCCAGUCGAUGAGAUGUUCCAACAGGAAUCGAGGGAACUGAUGUAUAAUUGCGAGGACAGAUGGAACGAGACAAUUACCGAUGACCCAGACUAG